AUAGCGGCAUACAACUCAUUACUAAUAUUACUAUAUAACGUUUUUAAAAUAUUUUUCGUUAUCAUAAUUAUUGGAGAUUUAUUAAUAGGAAACUGCGAGUUAUCGUAUUGAUAAACUCUGACUAAACAUUCGUCACAGUUGACAAUUAACAACACCACAACCGUAUGACCGAAAAGUGCUUCUUCUAGACGUUUAAACGUUUUUAUGUUUUCUCAAUUUCUCAUCAUAUGUGAGCAUUGAGCAUUUCCUUUUUCAUAAGCAGUUUUGUUUAUUUUUAUUUUUUUACCAUGUCUGUCGCCGAAGAAUGUUUAUGUGGUAAAAAAAAAAAUAGUUUAAAUCCGACGAAUUGUGCACGACAUAUAAAUGCGUUUAAAACAAUAAAACACAACAAUUCUUCUUCAAAUAUUAAUACAUUUUUUAAAAGAUGUACGACGUUUUCGAGUAAUUCUACUGAACAUACAUUUGAUGCAAAACAAUUUAAAAAAUCUGAUACUAAUAAACCUGUUACUGUGCUACCUAUUUAAAAAGUAAAGAUAAACUUUUAUAUGGCGGGAAUGAAUCUAGGAUCCCUAGUUCGGAGAUUUAUAACAAACAUUUUACGAACAGCUGUACGUAUUAGUACAAAUUGAUUACUAAAUACUGGCGCCGUAUUAUUAGUAUUCCUAAUAAUAUUAAAAUGGCCUAUACACCAAGUACAAUGGGAAGUAUUGGACGCUAAUUGGGGUUUCAGUAGUUGCUACCAGGAGCACUGCUGCAUGCAAUACGUCGGUUUGCAUUGUAGCAUUUUUCACCUAAAUGGCAACCGGAUUGCUCAUUACCGUCAAUCGUUUUUGUGUGUGCACCGAACGCGUUCAGUGCUACUCAGGGCGCAUUGCUUGUAUGGACUUCAUUUUUUGGUACCCCGACAAUUUUUUUACAAUAUACACCAUCAACCAUCACACAUCGAUAGCACCCAUGGCUUCUAAAAGUAAUAAUUGUAUAAACCGCAUUUGUGAUUCAAUCAAAGACUUGAGAGAACCAAGAAUGGCCGAAGCAACCAAAAUGGUGUGCGAUCACUUCGGUGUUAUGUAUGAACAAUCCAAAAAGGUUUGUGUGCGUUGUUUAAGAAUUUGCUUGGUGCAUACUAAAUAUCACGAAACUAAAUUUGAAGCCAAAGAAGGUAUUGUGGAAGAUUUCUUUUUUAAUUAUACUUUACAUUCAGAGAAAGCUUACAGUUAUAAGAUUAAAGAUACACCAUUAGGAAACAUUAAAAAACCAAUGGAAAAUGAAAAUAUAUUGCUCCAAAAACAAAUCUUACAAUCAUCAAAAAUUAUUCCAAGCCCCAGAACAUAUAUUAACCACAAUUGUAAUCAUUCUUGUGUAGAAUGGACUGGCUAUGAAGAAAAUAAAACAAAAAAAAUUAGUAUGUUAGGGGUACCGAUUCAUUUCGGUUUUAAUAGACAUACAACAAUAAGAGGUCGUAUACGAAAUAUUACAUACUAUGAGGCUCCUUGUGGUGUGUCUAUAAGAAAUAUCAGUGAAAUGAUGAGUUAUCUUACAACCACAGAAUGUAGUUUGACAAUCGAUCAAUUCGAUUUCAAUAGCUGUGUGAAUCCAUUAGCCCAAUUUAAUGUUUCAAGGCCCACUAUGUUUUUGGAUGAUUUAUCUAAAGGUUUAGAAUUCAGACCAAUAACAUGUGUGAAUAGUAUAAACGAUGAACUGCCACCAAAAAUGAAUUAUAUGAUUAGUAGACAAGCAACAGCCGGAGUCAACAUAAAUGUAGAAACUAAUUUCUUAUGUGGAUGUGAUUGCACAGACAACUGUGAAGACAAAUCAAAAUGUGCUUGUUGGCAAAGUACAAUAAAUGGACAAAGUAAUAUACCAGACCUUAAAAAAAAUGCAGAUGCAGGUUAUAAAUAUCGACGAUUAUAUGAAGAUGUGCAAACUGGUAUUUAUGAGUGUAAUAAGACUUGCAAAUGUCAAAGUUCUUGUUUAAAUCGUGUUGUGCAACAGCCCAUGCCUCAUAACUUACAAUUGUUUAAGACGGAGAAAAAGGGCUGGGGCGUACGUUGCUUAAAUGAUAUACCAAAAGGGACUUUUAUAUGUUGUUAUAUCGGAAACAUACUAACUGAGACUAAUGCCACAGAACAAGGUAAAAAAUACGGUGACGAAUACUUAGCAGAUUUAGAUUUUAUUGAAGUAGUCGAGAAAUGCAAAGACGAUUAUGAAGAAAAUGCUUUUUCAAGGAAACUAAACACCAAACAUAAAAAACUGUCAAAAAAAACUAUGAAUCUAUUAAAUAAACAUAUCACGAAAAAAUCAUCGAACGGUCAUAUUCAAAGAGUAUUUAAAGAUAAAAAUUUGGCGGUGAACAAUACAUUUCCAAUGCAAUCCAGAAACCUCAGACACAAGAAAUUUUCCUCAAAUAGGCACUACUAUAAACCUCGAAAAUCAGUACGCUGCUACUAUGGUAAGGGCGAUGGUGUGUAUACAAUAAAUGCAAAAUGUAGUGGCAACAUUGGACGAUAUUUCAAUCACUCGUGCACACCAAAUUUAUUUGUACAAAAUGUGUUUGUGGACACACACGAUUUACGUUUUCCGUGGGUAUCGUUUUUUUCGGAACAUUACAUACCAGCUGGAACUGAACUUACGUGGGAUUACGGUUACGAGGUAGGAAGCAUUACAGGUAAAGUGAUGACUUGUUAUUGUGAUUCAGCUAAAUGUAAACGUAGACUUCUCUGAAUGUAUAAGCGUUGUAAAAAAAAAAGUUGAAAAACAGUUGUGAAUUAAGGUAAAAUUAUUGUAUUAUGAA